UAUUGUUAACUUUAAUUUUAAAAUAUAGGGGAUAUUUGGCUUACGUUUAAUUCUAAGUGCAAAAGAAGCAACCAAAUAUGGAAUCUACAAAAAAGUACUUUCAAGCCAUUGACUUUGUUAUAUUUGGUGCAAUGCUUCUAUUUUCAUCGGCAAUUGGAGUAUUUUUUGCAUAUCGUGAUAGGAGAACUCAGUCGACCGAUAAUUAUUACUUUGCAAGUAAAAGUAUUUCUCCGAUUUUGAUUUCCAUGUCAUUGUCGGUUUCGUUUAUUUCUGCUAUCACGGUAAUUGGUCUUCCAGUUGAAAUUUAUUUGUUUGGAACAGUAUAUGUUUGGGUGAAUGCUGCACAUAUCAUAGGAAUACUUGUUGGGUCUAUUUAUUACAUUCCACUUUUGCAUAGGCUUCAACUAAAAAGCGUAUAUGAGUAUUUUAAUCUUCGCUUCCACCCCAGAAUAAGAACGUUGACAUCAUUUAUGGCAAUAUGGAACCUGAUUCUCUACAUGGGCGUAACAAUAUACUUGCCAGCAUUGGCAUUGAGUGCUGUCACACCCCUUCAAUUGAAUUGGAGUAUAGCAUUAACAAGUAUUGUUUGUACAUUCUACACCAGCAUUGGUGGGAUGAAAGCGGUCAUAUGGACUGAUUUUUUGCAAGCCAUGAUUAUGUUGGCAGGAAUGCUUGCAGUGUUUAUCCAAACAACUAUAGUCCUGGGUGGAUUUGGUCCUGUGGUCGAAGCAGUUGAACGUGGACAGCGGAAUAAUAUUUUCAAAUUCGAUGGCGACCCUCGCAUUCGAAGUACAGUAUGGACAUUGCUUUUAGGAGCGGGAAUGAAUAAUUGUUUUAAAACUGGAUGCAAUCAAGUAUUCACUCAAAGAUAUUUGUCAUGCGGUUCAGUGAAAAAAGCAAGAAUAGCUCUAUGGUUACAGCUAUUUCCGGGACUCGUAUUUUCUUUGUUAGCCGUGGGUAACGGUUUGCUGAUGUAUACAUUUUAUGAAGGAUGUGAUCCUUUGUCAGCAAAUCUUAUAAACAAACCCGAUCAGACGAUGCCGAAAUUAGCGUUGGAAAUAUUUCAAAAUACUCCUGGAAUGGCUGGUCUGUUUGUUUCAGCAGCGUACAGCGGCACCUUGAGUACAAUAUCUUCAGGCGUAAACGCUUUAGCUGCAUUAGCAUUGAUGGAUUUUGUUCUUCCCUGCUUUCCAAAGAUGUCGUCGGACAGGAAAGUUAUCUUAAGCAAAUCAUUGACUAUUUUCUUCGGUUUGCUGGUGAUGACUCUUGCAUAUCUCGUCUCUCUGCUUUCAGCAAAUAUAAUCCAGAUUACGUCUUCUAUAACUGGUUCUUUAGGAGGUCCUCUGUUCGGUGUAUUUACAAUGGGACUUUUCAUGCCUUGGAUAAAUCAUUGGGGAGCUUUGGUCGGAUUAGUGGGUGGUUGGUUGUGCACGGGUUGGGUUGCAAUAUCAGCACUCUUUUUGGCAAGUUUCCCAGACACGACAAGGAAACUUCCUUUGUCUACUGAUAAAUGCCCUGUGUUCAAUUCAACCAUACAUUCUGUUACAACUGUGUCGGUGAUGGAGGCUUCAGGAGAAGAAUAUACAACGUUUUCCUCAAUGGUUUCAUCAUCUGCACCAGAAAACGGGCCUAUUCUGCAUUAUACUCUGUAUUCAAUAUCCCCAUUUUAUUACGGAAUACUUGGAUGUACCGUCUGCAUCAUACUAGGUCAUAUAUGCUCACUUAUCACAGGCUUCAACAAACCGUCAAAAGCAGAUCCGAGGCUUUUUGUUCCAAUUUUACCCUUCAAAAUAUUCCGUUUCGGUGUUCCUGAACUUCCACCCGAAGACGACGCUUCGUCUCUGACACCAGAAGAAGAAAAAUUCAGAAAGGCUUUGCUUUAUGAUAGAGAAGAAAAUAAUUGCUCCCCAACUGCACCUAUAUGGGAAGAAAUAGAACAAAAUGAGAAGACAUAACGAGAAUAAACAUUGAUUCCAUUUAAACUUAGGGACGACGUACAUAAUCGAAGACUAUGUAUACUAUUACUUAAAGUUUUUAUUUUCGACAAUUGCAACAAAUGUCUAUUUAUUGUCAUCGUGAUAUAUGAAUUUUAAAUAGAUACUAAAAUACGAAUAUUUUGAACCUCAUCUAACAAAGGUUAAGCAUCAUAGCAAGGCCAGUGGCGCAGCCAGUUUUGUCUCUGACGCCCCAUUUUUGAAAUUUUUGGAAGUCGCCAAUAACGCGUGCGAUUGCAUUUUGCUAAAAUCGCCGAUGGGUUUUGACAUCGUGGCGUAUUAUUUAGGCUGUAACAACCUUUACGUUAGUGUUUAUUCUCCUUAAAUAACAAAUACAAAUUUCUACCACGACAACGAUGAUAAUUACUUUGUUUGUACUCGUACAGAAUUGUGAAUCUCGUGAGAGUUAUUAUAAUUUCAUCGGCGGUGAGAUGCUAAUAAAAAAUAAAAAAAAAGUGAAUCCGCGACUCAAAUUUAAUAAUAUAAAAUACUAAAAAUAAAACCAUAAACAAUAUAAGUUUUGUUGUAGGAGGCAUGCGACAGGGCUAUGUAUCCUUGCAUCGCUUUCGUCUCUAGGAAAAAAAACAUAGCCCGUACAUAGUUAUAGUAAUUCCGCGAACAAUCAUCAAAGUUCCUGUUACGUGUAUGUGAUAUAGUUUUUCAUGUGUAAUCGGACUUCCAUACAUGCAGAGAAUUGCAACACUUUUGGUCGGUGUGUUCACAAGCCACGCCAUACAAUUUCGAUACGAUAUAUUGAAAUAUGUUAACUUGUUAAAAUUAAUUGCCAUACCGUCUUGACAGUUGUAAUGUUUAGCGCAUGAUUGCCAUCAGGUCUGUUCCUGUCGAAGAUAAAAAUAAAGUUGCGCUAAUUCACUUGGAUCUAUUACCAUAUUAUCCCCUUAUUCUUUCUCUGUUCUAUAUAGUUACGAUAGUGUGAUUUGUUUUUUAUCUUCGACAUUUGCACUGUUUGACAUAUUGAAUAAUAUGAAUAAAACCGAAAAAUAUGUAUGA